AUGGCCACCGCGAUCCAGGACGCGGCGAAGACGAACGCGGCCACAACCCGACAGCUCGCACGCCUGGAUGAGCGCCUGGAUGCGCAAGCACAAGCACUCGAGCGCUUCCACGACCGCCCGCCUUCACUAGAAGAGGACGACCCCGACCCGGACGUCACUGCCAUCGCAGGGACGGGCACGCUCAAGACGGCGCGCGUCGCAUGGCAAGGGGAGACGGCGGGAGCAUCUGCGAGCCAAGGAGCACUAGGGCGUGGCACGACUCGAGAAUCCGCUCGAGGUAGCGGCACCAACAACACUGCUACCGGAGGCGCUGGUUUUCUCGGCGGCGGUGGAAUUGGUGGUGCAGGCGGCGGGGGAGUUGGUGGCGCAAGCGGCGGUGGAGUUGGUGGCGCAGGCGGCGGUGGCUAUGGUGGCGCACGCGGCGGUAAAACAUCUCAUGACAUUGAGAACGCCAAGGAAUUGAGGUUAUCAUUGAAUGCCAUUGCGGGCAAGGAUGAUUCUGAAACAAUUCGCUUGUGA